AUGAACAACAUUAAUUAUUCAAUAGUACUUUUAUCUACAUUAGUAAUAUUCGCACGUUGCGAUCGAUCAGCUGUGGACGUUAUCCAGGAUAUCUACAGUUCUUGCCUUAAGGAUUUUAGUGUUUCAUGUGUAGAACCUAAGUCUCUUCAAUGGUUAGACAAUGUUUCUGGUAACAGCUUUAUUAAGAUCACUGAUGAUUUGGCGAUUCAAAAGAAGUAUGAUGCUGAAACUGAGACAACAAAAGGUCUACAAAAAGAUGUUUUGGAUAAGUUUGAAGACUUUUUGCAAUCUCACAAUAUCGUUGCUAGGGCGCCGGCAAUUCUUAAGCCCAAUGGUCCAUUAGGACAAUACAUUCCAAGGAGUUUUCAACCUGCAGAUUUAACUGUACCUUUGGCUGCGACAGGGCGUUCAUCAAAGUUGGUCAAAAGAAUAAUCUUCCCAUUCCUACUAGGACUUAAAUUUAAGACAGCUGUUUUGGUUCCAUUUGCUUUAGCUCUUAUUGCAUUAAAAACGUGGAAAGCACUGACCUUAGGUUUACUGUCAUUGGUACUAUCGGGAGCUAUUGCCAUAUUUUCAAAACUUAUGGGACCAAAGGCAGAAGCUUACGAAGUAGUACAUGUUCCGCAACACGUAGAUCACCAUGUCGGUUACCAUCACGUUGAUGUUCUUCCUGCACCAGCAGUGCCAGUUGCUCAACCUGUCUACCUGGCUAGAAUUUCUUCAGCCUUGUCUUCUCCAGUAGCUUCAGCUACUGAAGAAAAGACCACCGAUUUUGAAGACGAUCCUAUCGGUUAUGUAGAGGAGAGUAUCGCAAACUUUUUGGAAAAUAUUCUUGGUCAAGAUAACUUAAAAGUAGGUGAUGAUGUUGAAAUUUACCAGAAUGGAGCAGAAAUCGAUGAAACUGAACAAAGAAGCUUAGACUACGAAGAUAAAAUUGAAAGAUAUAUAAAAACGCACGAUGCUUCUUUUAAACUUCCUAUCAUUGGAACUGUUAAGCUUAAUACCAAAAACCUUGACAAUAAUGAAGUAAGUUUAAAUAUUAACUACGGUGAAACUGGAGUUGCAGAAGCUAGAAAAUCCAAAGUUAAAAAAAUCCUUACCCCAAUCUUAACCUUCUUUCUCCUGAAGGCGAUGACCGUAGUACCUCUAAUCAUUGGAGUUCUUCUAUACAAAGCCUGGAACUCACUGCAGUUAUCUGUCAUCUCAUUCGUCAUUUCGUCUGCAUUAGCCAUUUUCCAAUUGUGCAGGAAAAUUGCUGAAAAUAAUGCUCAGGCGCAACUUGCAGCUCAUGGUCCUUGGGAAGAGCAUGCUGUUAAACAUGCGAGAAAUUUCGAAGAAAAUGAUGCCCAAGAUUUGGCAUAUGCAGCCUACAGAAAAUAA